AUGGCUUCAGUGAUGGUUUCAGGGCUGAAACUGCACUCUCAGCCUUUGUCCGGAAUCUCCCCGGCUCCCACAAAAGACCUUGAGGAAGAGGAGAACAAUGUGGAGGCUGAGCGCGAGGAGCUACCGCAGCUUCUGAAGGCAGAGAGAGGGAUUAUCCGCAAUCUCCAAGAGGAAAUUAAGACGCUCUCGGACACGACCACGCCGCAGAGGAAUGAGACCCCGAAAAGCAAAGAGCUCGUGCUGCACAGGCAGAGAGAGAGAGAACAGGCGCUUCGAGGGAACAGACACAUUUUAGCUUUGAAGAUGAAGCUGACAGAGAGGGUCAAAGAGUGUAGGAGACAUGACAGGAGGGAGGAGAGAAAGGGGGAUGAGGAAGAGGAGGUGGAGGUGGAGAAGGAAGAGAAGAAUGUAGAGGAGGAUCAGGAGGAGGAGAAGAAGGUGGCCCGGCUGUCAGCUGAGCUCCAGCGACUCCAGGCCGUGCAGGAGACCAGCAGAAGGCAUCAUGUACCUGCCACACGCCAGGCCAGAAGCCAGCUAGUAUGGGAGAGAGCAGUACUACCACAGCAGCAGCAGCAGGAGGAGGAGGACCGCCAGGGAAAGCAGGAGAGAGAGGAGGAGAGCAGGAGGAGGAGGAGAGGAGGAGGAGGAGUGAAGGAGGACCACCAGGGAAAGGAGGAUAGAGAGGAGGAGAGCAGGAGGAGCCAGCUGCCCAGCGCAAAGGAGCACUGUAACACAGAACACACACAAGAGGUGGUGAGGCUGGAGCGCGUGGUGCAUUCCCAGGCGGAGGCCCUGUCCAGGCUGCAGGAGAGGCACCGUGAGGGUGUGGAGGAGAGGGCCCGUCUGCAGGCCCGCCUGCAGGCCCAGGCCCUCAGCACACAGAGCCAGCAGGACAUCUUCAGCACCGAGAUCAGGAGCACUGAGGACGUUCUGCAGAAGUUCCAGCUGCAGCUUCAUGACAGAGAGGAGGCCAUCCAUCUCGCUUCACUCAAGGUGCAGACCCUGGAGCAGGAGGUGGCUCUGGCUGAGGACCGGUACAGGACCGCCAUGCAGCAGCUGCAGGAGCAGAGUGACCUGGUGGGGGAGCUAAGGGGAGAGCUGGAGAAGACAGCCACAGCCCAGGAGGAGGCGUCUCGGGAGGCGAGGCGGCGCGAGGAUCUCCUGACGCAGCUGCAGCUGGAGGUGACGGGCGUCCGCUCGGCUCAGGAGCACUGCAGGAGAGCCCUGGGCGUCAAGGAGCAGCUGCACGGCCAGCUCUCCCAGGAGAACCGCCUCCUCAGGGCCAACCUAGACGCCCUCCAGAAGCAGUUGCAGGCCAGCGUGGAGAAAGUUAAUAGCCUGGGUUUAGAAGCUGGCACACUGAAGUCCAAAUUACAGGAAAAGACCCAGCAAUCUCAACAGCUGCAAGAUCAAAUUCUCCAACAGCGGGAGGCACUAAGUAGGGCAGGCCAAACUUUAAAAGACACAAGGAAAGCAGCUGGCAAUAAGAAAGAUCUGCAGGAAUUAAAGAAGCAGCUUUCGGAUUCCAAAAAAGAGCAUGAGGUGACAGUGCAGCGCCUGUGUGAGGACUCCAGUGAACUGGUGUCCCAGGUGCAGCAGCGCUCGGAGGAGCUGAACAGCCUGAGUGCCGACCGCACACGGCUGGAGCUGGAGCUGGCCAUGGUCACAGAGAAACACCGCACCGCACAGCAGGAGGUGAGUGCCCGAGAUCAAGUGCUUCUGAACAUGAAGACAGAAUUAAGAGCUGCCGAGGAGCGACACCAGGGAACACAAGAAGAGCUGGUAGCUCUGGACCAGGAGGUGAGAGGCCUUAAUGAGAUGGUGGGCCGGCAGAGAGAGCAGCUCACAGAGGCGGAGCAGAGCUGUCGCCACGCCCUCCUGCGCUUACAGCAGGAGCAGCAAGACAAGCAGAGAACACACACUCUGCUACACAACACACAAGUACAGUUGAAGAGCCAGACUGAUUGUGUGUGCGCGCUGCGCUCUGAGCUGGAGCUCCUGAAGCAGACCCAUGGCGUGGACGAGGAUCGCUGGAGCCAGAGGUGCUCCCUUCUCCAGGCCCAGCUGGAGGAGACGCGUGGCCAGCUGGAGGAGGCCCGAGCCCAGGCCGCGCAGCACCACCGCACCCUUAAGAAGCUCCAGGGCCGCGCUUCCCACGCCCAGACACAGCUCCAGCAGGCCCUCGACAAGGUGAAGGACCAUCAGGAGAAAGAAAGCGCCCUAGAGGCCCAACUCUCCUCUAUGAGGCUGCAGUGUGAGGUCCUACAGCAGAAGGUGGAGGUCGCUAAUGCCACCAGCGAGAACCAGGAGGCCAUGGCGGCCAUCUUGAAACAGAAGUACACGGUGGCCAUGGAGAAGGUCCAGCAGCUCCAGGAUCAACUGCAGACCUCAGAGGAGGAAACGUCUUACUCCAGGACGCAGGUCCUUGAAGCGCAGGCAGUCAUCAGCGGCCUGAGAGAGGAGCUGAGGAGUGCUGAGGAGCGCGGCGAGGAUCGGCGGCGUCAGGCCGAGAGCUCGGAGGAGGCCCUGGACCAGCUGAUGGACGAGCUGCAGUCCGCCCUGACCGCCCUGGCCACCAGCAGGGAACGCCUCUCCAGCGCAGAACGCACCGUCGAGAAGCUCCACGCGGACCUGGACCACAGACAGGCACAGAUUGCUGACUAUGAGAAAAGAUGCCUACAGCUGCAGUCUGACCUCACCGCCUACCGGCUCAGUCACAGCCACCCCAAUGACGACUACGAAGCCCAGGGCAGGCAACGUGAUCUCUACCAGAAGGAAGUGACCCUGCUGCGGACCCAGUACGAGGAGCACGCCCAGAGGAUGGUGCAGAACGACAGCCUCCUGGUGCAGCUGCACGAGGAGGCUGCGGGCCUCAGAGCGGAGCUGCGCCACAAGACCCAGGAGGGGCAGGAGCAGGAGCGGGCGGCGCGAUCCCUGCAGCUGGCGCUGGCCGCCCUUCAGACGGAGCACAGGAACGCCCUCAGCAAGCACCAGCAGGAGAGCGGACAGCUGCAACAGCAGCUCUCUCUGGCCCACGGCACCAGUGGACACAGGGACCAGGCCAUCCAGCAGAGGGAUGACCUGCUGCGCCGGGCGGGCUCGGAGCUGGAGGAGGCGCAGGAGGCGGUGCGGGCGCUAUCCCAGGAGGCCGAGGGGCUGCGUGCGGCACUGCGGAGCGCCAGACAGGAGAGCAGCAGACAGGAGCUGGAGAAACAGGCGCUCAGCACACACGUCACUCGCCUUAACCAGCAGCUUACCACCGCACAGGGACUAUUCAAGAGCAUGGCCCAGGCAUUGGCGGGUCAGGAGGAGCGUGUGUGUGUGCUGGAGUCUGGUCUGCGCAGUGCGGAGGAGCGACUGAGUGAGCGUGUGGCCCACAGCGUACGCCUGGAGACCAGCGGGCACAAGAGCCACAGCCAGCUCACACACAUGCAGGAGAUGGUGUUGCGUCUGCAGGAGGAGGCGGUGGUGGCUCAGCAGUCUCUUCAGCAGGCUCUCGAGGAGGCCAUGCAGCAGCAGACACACACACACACACUCAGCAUGGAGAGGGAGCACGCCAACCAACACAUACACACACUCAAGCUGCAGCUGCAGCAGCAGGCAGCGGAGGUGUGUGCCCUGAGGCAGCAGCUGGAGCACGAGCAGGAGCAGGAGCAGGAGCAGGAGCAAGGCCAGGGUCAGGAGCAGGAGCAGGAGCGGCUAACCCAGCUAACCCAGCAGCAGCAGCACCUGGAGGGGGAGGUGGCCCAGCUCAAAGCCUCCAACACACACCUCGGCGCCCAGGUCAAGAGGCUCCGGCUGCAGAGAGACAACCACGCCAACGCGGUGAAGCAGCAUGAGGAGCGUGUGUGUGAGUUGUCUCUGCAGCUGCAGCAGUGCCAGUGUGUGUGUGAGGAGCGCGGCCGGGAGCUGCAGACCCAGCAGGAGCGGCUGGAGGCCCAGAGAGCCGAGGCGGACGCCCUGCACCAGGAGGUGGCCAGCAAGCAGCAGGAGACCGACGCUCUGAAGAGCAAGCAGGAAGCUCUGGAGAAGGAACUAGAGGCUGCCACCUCUGAGCUCCAGAGGGUGUCUGAGGCCCUGCAGGAGUCCCAGGUUGAGAACUCUCACCUCAGCCAAGAGAGCCAACUGGUGCUCACCAACUUCAGCCAGUGGAUCGAAGAGCAAAAGAGGGCCAAUCAGAAGCUUACAGAGAGGCUGAAGGAGCAGAACCUGCGACUUACCGUGCUGACCGCUGAGAGAGAUGAUCUGCAGACGAGUGUGUCGGCGCAGGAGGAGAAGCUGAGGGGACUGCGGGAGGUGUGUGAUGAGCAGAAGAGGCAACUGCAGCACUUAAAGGCCAUCUCCACUCACUCUGACAAUCAGCAGGCCCUUCUCCAUCAACUGCAAGGUCAGCUGGAGGUGGAAGAGGCCGAGAAGGAGACCUUGGUGGCCCACAACCUCAACACGCUCAGCGACAUGCAGGACCAGCUCAAGUCCAACAUGGACAGCAUUCUCCACCUCAACCAACAGCUGUGCAGCCUGAGUACGGAGCGGGCCGAGCAGCACACCCAGCUGGUGCGGGAGCGCGCGCGCUGCAAACAGCUGGAGCUGCAGCUGCUGAAGGGAACUGGCGCCAACACCGGUACCAGAACCGAUACCACCACUGACCAGCAGCAACAACAGCCUUUUUCAGCCAACCACAUCCAGCAGAUAGAGCAGCUGGAAACACAACCCCAGCAGCAGCAGCAGCAGCAGCAGCAGCAGCCUUCCCCAGCCAGCCCCACUCCACAAGACCUACAGCAGCACCACCAGCAGCAUAUACUCCACCCUCAUCAUCACCACCAGCCUCCUCUGGCCAGCCUUGACCAGCAACACCAGCAGCAGCUACCACUACAUCCCCACCACCACCACCACAACAAACCACAGUCUUUCUCAGCUAGCUCCAACCAGCAGCAGCAGCAGCAGUCGCAGUCUCCUCCCCCAGCCAGCCCCACUCGUCCACACCUCCAUCGUUGGCUGUCUCUCGGCUCCCUCGUCCAGCAACCGCAGCCUUCCUCCACCUUCUCCACCUCCUCCUCCUCCAUUGCUGAGCGAGCACGUCUGUCUUCCAUCACUCCCCUGAUUCUCAACCGCCUCCCUCCUGCUGCUGUUGCUGCUGCCGCUGCUGCUGGCCGGGAGCAGGACCCAGGGCCAGGGCAGAGGGACCCAGGAGGGGCAGGAGCUCCGAGGGCAGUGCUGCUCCGCCGCUCCCGCUCCGCCCAGAGGCUGGAGGAUCCCUGGGUUCUGCUGACGGCGAACAGCAAGCCGCGUUCCAGGCCGACCCACAGCCGACGCUCCGCCACAGCUCCAGCUUCGGCUCCAGAGACCAGACCCAGAGCUCCGGCUCGGACGAGCAGCGCCGCAACCCUGCUGCACAUCUGAGCGCUUCCCAGGGGGCGGCGGCUCCGGUUGUCUCGGCAGAGGUCAUGACCUUGACCGCUCCGUGACCUUUUCUCCACCCACCCUCUCCUCCCUCGCUCCCUCCCUCACCUUGCACUCCCACCUAGGGGUCACGGAAGUCGGUCGACCCGAUAAGAUCCGGCCACCUCCACGUCCACAUCCACCGCGGCCUCUGCUCUGACCUCUAGCCUCACCUGUGGGCUCGAGAGGAGUAGAGGAGAUGGGAGAGGG